UUUCUAACUUAACGGUUUAUCCGUGACUGACAAAUUUCCAUUUUGAUAACAAUAUCCCCAUACCAUGUGAAAUAAACACUUGUCUAGUCUCAACUCUUGAAUCUCAGCCCCACUCACUUAUCAUCAAACUAACAUCAACCUUUCAACACUUGCAUUUGCAUUGUGUUUUCAUGCCUUUUUCCUCCUCUUGUUCUUCUUCACAUUGCAUUACUCUUUUUCCCCGUCAUUCACGGUCACUUAAAAGUCACACAAUCUUUUACACGGUGGCACGAAUUUAAUCGACAAUUGAGCCCAAGAGUAAAGAGAGCAGAUAGGAUCUACUAAAUGGAGGGAAAGAAACUAAAUUUUAAUGCGCCACUUCUAUCUGUGAGAGUUAAAAGAAAAGAUAAGGAUGUUCCACCACCGUGUAAGCAGCUGGCUGUUCCUGCGCGCAAAUCAGUGUCUCCACCGUCGUCUAGGCAGCUCUCUGUGCCUCCACGCAGAUCAGUGUCGGAAUUAACUGACCUGACUAAGCCAGCUGCAGUUCCUUUUGAGUGGGAACGAACUCCGGGGAGGCCUAAAGUGGAAGGAAAAGGAGAGGCCUUGUCUCAAAAAGAGCCUUUGCCUAGUCCCAGAUUUCCACCAGGAAGAGCAUUUGAUAUUAGAAAGCGUGUCUCAGGGGAAUUACUUGAGUAUCAAAACCUUUCGAGGCCUCAACUGGAAGCAUCGCCUUUAAAUGAAAACGUGAGUGUUGUUGGUAUGACCGAAGGAUGUCAUUCUGAGGACGGGGAUGAUGCAAUUUUAGAAUCACUUGACGCACUCUCGCAGACAGAGUCGUUUUCUGGGAGCUGCAGUAUAACUGAUUCAAGUAGCAAUGGUGGUCCAUUUACGCAAUCAUCCAAAACCUUCAGGGCUGAUCAAAAAACUCUAGACCUUAUGAUGGCUCGUUUUUUGCCUGCUGCAAGGGCUAUGAUUAUAGAAACCCCAAAAUAUGUUCAGAAAAAGAAAUCUGUGGAAAGCCAAGCGUCAAGAAAUGUUAAGAAGAUUGUCAGCGGAGAAUUAAGGCCCCUCCUAGAAAGAUACGGGUCUAACACAGCACCACAAUACAGUCCCUACAAGAGGAAUGCAUUUAGUGAAGUUGAGGAUGACGGAGAUGAUUAUCGUCAUAGAAGAUCUGGUUUAGCAUGUGGAUUGUUGCCUCGAUUAUCAAAGAAGUCUUUGCGUUUUCUUGAUCCAGUGCCAAGGAUGAAAUCCAGGCCCCAAAGUCCUGUUUCAUCUGCUUCCGAGGUUAGAAGAAUGGCCAGAACAGCUCACAGUGGCCCUUUACCACAAGUUCAACAAGAGAAGCAGAGUUUAAAGGACAAUUACUGGGAUGAUAUUAAAAUUGGAGUUAAGCAGCAAGAACUUAUAGAGAGUAAAUUAAUUGGUGCCAAUACGGUUCGUCAUUCUAUUGAUUCAUACAGAAAAGAAAGUUUACUUCCUCGUACACGCUCAAGGAGUGGUUGUAUAUCUCCCUAUCGGAAUGAAAAGCCCCGGUCUCCCUUUCAUGACGGAGCAAGGUUUCUUGGUGUACCGAAGAUGGUCAAAACUACAGAAUCUGGUAAUGUCAAUUUAACUAGCAAAGAGUUUGAUAAAUUUCGUGACAUCUCAGCAUAUCAGAUGUAUAAACGGGAAUCAGAUAUAUUAAGUAGUUUAGCUGAAAGAAUUUUGUACAUAGAUUUGGUAAAUAAUACAGAACUGCCAAUUUUGGAUUCGGAAGAAGAAUUGCUUAAGAAACUUUCGACAGAGAACUUGGGGGAAAGCAGAGGAACUGAAGAAAUUCGCAUGCCAGAAUCAUUAGACACUGUUAAGAUGGUAAAAUCUACAAACAUAGGGUCUACAGCAGCAGGAUCGGCAUCUUCUGGUUGUAUAUCGAAUCUCAAAAGUAGAGCAGACAACAUUAAAGUUAUGAAACAGGAUGCAAAUCUCGGUCAUGAAGCCGCGUCCUUGGAAUGCUCCAUAGUUCAUCCUGCUGAGAAUUUGGCAACACAAACUGAGAAUUCUGGAAAAGUGAAUGAUGAUAAAAAUGUAGGCGUCGGAUUCCCUCAAUCACCUCUACCCCCACCUCUACCAAAAUCACCUUCUGAGCCUUGGCUAUGGCGUAAUCUAUCUUCCAUAUCCUUGCGAAAUCCUUUUUCACAUGGCCAGUCUAAGAAGAUAAAUAGGAAGACUUCCUCAACUAGUUCCAAGUGGGAGACUAUUGUAAAAACUUCCAAUGUCUCCCAUGACCACAAGCGUUAUUCUGAGGAACUCGUCUCUCAUGUUUCGAAGCAGUAAGCAGUUCAACAGAAAAAAAAAAGAGUUGGAGGAUCGGCCACUGCAAUAUUUGCUCUAAACGAGCCUCCAUACUACGUUCGAUGUAUGAUCAGUAGAUAAACAUAGAUGCAUUAAGUUGUUUGGUUAAAAAUGGUUGAAUGUUUCCCGCAAGUAUCCAGUUCUUGCACAUUUGGAGAACACAGAUUACCAAUUUAUAGCCGUCAUUCACAUGUCAGGGAAUUGUACAUUUCUUUUAUACAGUUUCCCUGGUGUCAUUUCAAUAAACUUUGUCAUUUUUCCUAUUAAUACAAUUUACAAUCUGAAAUAUGAGUGCCAAUAUUCUAAGUGCUCUC